UAAUUUUUUUUCUUAUUUCUUAUCUCACGUUUUCUUUGGGGUCAUUCUGACUCACAUAACUUUUUUUUUUUUUUUUUACCUCUUAUUAUAAAUAAAAACUUGCAAAAAACAAAAAAUCGUUCAAUCAGAUAUAAAACACAAACAAUCAUAUAUUAGCAAGGCUUACCAAUAUCAUUACCAUCAUCAUCUUCACCCUCACACGGUCACCCGUAUCUUCAUGUUGUUUGCAGUUAAGAAUAGUUGGACAAUAUAAGAAGUUGGUCAAAAUUAUACACAGAAAUGGGAGUCAUAUGUACAGGAAUAUAUACAUCAGGUGAUGCAAAAAAAAUGAGCCGGAACAAUGUCAGCUAUUGUCUAAUACGAAUAUACAACAUGAAGAUACGGGUGACCGUGUAGAUGGACGGACGACUAACGAUUUUUCGUCUAUACAGUCACGUAUACAAGUUGAACAAACUGAUGAACUGGCUGAUCGUAUAAAUGGACAGCUGGAGCCGACUACGUCAACAACUUUCGAUCUGGUGCCAAUACUCAGUGAAAGAUUUCGGCAUAAUCCAGAAGAGUAUGAACAAGUCUCCUAUAGUGAGCGUAUACAAGUUGAACAAACUGAUGAGAAGCACAAUAUGCAUCCGGAGAUCCAGCAACAAGUUGAUAAUAUGUUAGAUCCGAACAGAAUAUUUACAACCCAACAUUAUGGUCAAUUACAUUCUCAACAGCAGCGUCCUCAUUAUAAUCAUUUAACAACAACAUCAUCAAGCACAUACCGAACAACAGGACCAUAUUCUGAUCGUGACCAGAUAACCAAACGAAGAUAUGAACAUUGA